CAGGCGCUGUGCACGCUGCGGCGUCGGCCGCCGCCGCGGCGCGGCCCUCGCUCCGCCACCUCGUCGCGGUGCUGCACGCCCUCGUGCUGGGGGACCCGGCGGCGUGCGUGGCGGAGAAGUUCGGGUCGCGCGUGCUGGCGCUCGCCGGCCGAGCCCUGGAGCUCCUUGAGGCGGGGGCGGCGUCGGUGGACGGCGCCGAGGGGGGCAGCAAGUCCUCCCUGGAGUUCGCCCUCGACAGCGCGGGGGCGGAGGGGGGCCUGGGCAGGGCCGUGCGCGAGGGCCGCAGGAGCGCCGACACGGCGUGCCUCGUGCAGCUCCGCGAGCUGGUCGCGCAGCUGAAGCCCUGGCAGCGGGCCGAGGGCGAGCAGCCCGUGGCCGGCGCCGUGCCCACCUCCCGGCUGCUCGCGUGCCUGCAGCUGCCCAAGGCUCCGCGCGACUUCAAGCGCUCGACCAACGAGGACCGCCCGGGUCGACCGCCGCUGGUGCUCGGCGGCUACUGCGCGGCGGGGGCCGUGGGGGUGGAGGUGCCCGAGGUGAACUUCAUCGGGAGCGGCGA